CGGGGCCGGCUGAUAACCGGAGCAGUUUUUCCUCCGGACGUUUCUCGCCGUCGUCGUCGUCGUCCGCCGUACGAACCGCAUUGGCGCGCGGCAGCACCGACCGCAGCAGCCGAGUCAGCACCGCGAAACAAAAAGCCGCCGGCCGCAACUCUGCACGCGCACACCGUCGUCGCACGGCACACGCCGCAGUUGUCCGCGAACACUCCUACACAGCGUUGUCCGUCGCCCGGACGAAAGCGUUCCCCGGGACAGGAGGAACGAGCCGAGCCGUGAAGAAUCCGAGUACGUGAGAGUCUCUGUACGUGCUCGAUCCGUCGUAACACCGUCGAAAUGGGCUUUUUCAGAGACUUGUCCAGUAUGGGAAACAAAAAGAGAGAUAUUAACGGUCCUCUUAUAGUCGUUUCUAAUCGACUUCCGUUUGUGUUGAGCAAAAAUUCAGAUGGAGAAUUGGUGCGAAAACAAAGUGCUGGAGGUCUUGUAACAGCCGUCGCACCAGUUGUUGUCGAAUGUAAAGGCACGUGGAUUGGAUGGUCCGGUUCGUUCGAUUUAAAACCAGGUGACCCAAUCCCAGAAUCCGAUCCCGAAGACAAAGCUCCGACUGCUGGACUAAAAUCUAAUCAAAUUAUUCCGGUGCACAUCGAUAAAUCCGAAUUUGAAGAGUUUUACAACGGUUGCUGUAAUGGAACGUUUUGGCCAUUAUUCCACUCGAUGCCCGAUCGCGCUAAUUUUGUGUCCAAGGACUGGAAGACGUAUUGUAGAGUAAACGACAAGUUCGCGGAUUGUACGCUGGACGCCCUACGAAAUGUUAUUAAAACAUUAGACGAAGCAGGGAAUCACGACACGGUUCCACUUGUAUGGAUUCACGACUAUCAAUUGCUGACGACUGCCACCAAAAUACGACAAGUGUGCGAAGAGGAAAACCUCAGGUGUAAACUCGGAUUUUUCUUGCAUAUACCGUUUCCGUCGUGGGAUAUCAUGAGACUUUUGCCGUGGGACGAUCAAGUUCUCCAGGGGAUGUUGGCAUACGAUUUCGCCGCUUUUCACAUCGAGGAUUACUGUUUGAAUUUCAUUGAUUGUUGUUGCCGGAGGCUCGGUUGCCGAGUCGACCGAACAAACAUGUUGGUCGAACUUGCUGGACGUACCAUACAAGUGAAAGCUCUUCCCAUCGGUAUACCGUUCGAACGUUUUGUGCAGUUGUCAGAAAAAGCGCCGACUUUUUUGAACAUGCCAGACGACGUGAAAGUCAUACUCGGUGUAGACAGAUUGGAUUACACUAAAGGGCUCGUACAUCGGAUUCUCGCGUUCGAAAAGUUUCUCGAAAAGUAUCCAGAUUUCCAUGAAAAAGUCGUACUGCUCCAAAUCUCCGUGCCAUCCAGGACGGACGUCAAGGAGUACAAGCAGCUCAAGGACGAAACAGAACUGCUCAUUGGACGCAUCAACGGCCGUUUUUCCAAGCCCAACUGGUCGCCCAUCCGGUACAUUUACGGGUGCCUAAGCCAAGAACAAUUGGCGGCGUUGUAUAGGGACUGCGCCGUAGCGUUGGUCACUCCACUCAGGGACGGCAUGAACCUGGUGGCCAAGGAAUUUGUCGCGUGCCAGAUCAGGACGCCGGGCGUGUUGAUCCUAUCGCCGUUCGCCGGGGCCGGGGGCACAAUGCACGAGGCGUUGCUGGUCAACCCGUACGAGCUGGACGAGAUGGCCAACGUGCUCAACCGGGCACUGAAAAUGCCGCUGGACGAACGCGAACUGCGCAUGACCCAGCUGCGGCACCGCGAGCAGCUGUUGGACGUUAACUAUUGGAUGACAUCGUUCUUCUCAUCGAUGGGCGCCUUGAAGGACGAGGACGAAGGGCCGCCGAAAACCAUGCAACUGCGGCUGGACGACUUCGAUAUGUACCUGAGCAAUCACAUCGCUGGCGCGGGCAAGCUGAGCCUAAUACUGGACUACGACGGCACGCUCACGCACCUCACGUCGCAUCCGGACCUGGCCAUCAUGUCCGAGGAGACGAUCAAGGUGCUUCAGAGGCUCACCCGGAUGCCGGACAUCAAUAUCGCCAUAAUAUCCGGCCGGACGUUGGACAACGUCAAGUCAAUGGUGGGCAUCGAGAACAUCACGUACGCGGGUAGCCACGGCAUCGAGAUCCUGCACCCGGACGGCACGAACUUUGUGCAUCCGGUGCCCAGGCAGUACGAGCAGAAGAUCGCGGGGCUGCAGAAGCUGUUGGUGGAGGAGGUGUGCAAGGAAGGUGCGUGGGUGGAAAACAAGGGUGUGAUGCUGACGUACCAUUACCGUGAGGCGCCGCCGGCCAAGCGGGAACACCUGGAACGAAGGGCCAUUGAGAUAUUCAAGAACGCCGGGUUCGAGCCUCACCAGGGAUUCUUAGCAAUUGAGGGCAAGCCGCCGAUCACAUGGGACCAGGGCCGGGCGUCCAUAUAUAUACUGCGCACUACGUACGGCGUCGACUGGUCCGAGCGUGUGCGCGUCAUCUACGCGGGUAACGAGGAUGCCAUGUUGGCCCUGCAGGGUAUCGCGUGCACGUUCCGCGUGGACCCGUCGCCCAUGGUGCAGACGGCUGCGGAUUUCCGACUCUCCGGGCCGGACGCGGUCCUGACCAUGUUGCGGUGGGUAGAGAAAGAGAUGCACAAACGGUUGCCGACCCUGAACCGGACGAUGAGCAACAGCAGGAUACAAAACACCGCUCUGGUACACAGUAUUAGCUCCCAGAUGAGCAUCGACCAAAAGGAAGAGGAAAAGGAAAAGAUGAUUUUACUAGCUAGACGGUCGAAACUGACGACAUGAUGAUUAUAAUAUUAAGGACGGUUAUAAUUUUUUUAUUAUUCGCUGUUGUUGUAAAUAACGCUAUAAAAACAUUCUCGUCUCGUUCCCCGAUACUUAUUUACCAUUUAUACCUUAAGCAAAUGUAUUCGUUCUUAAUUUUUUUUGUUCAUAAUAACUAUAUAGUGUCUAUUAGGAUUAAGAUCAUUGUUUUCAGUCAUAAAUAAUUGUUUUAAGUCAUAAAUGUUUGUUUAACUAUUUGUUUUAUUUAUAUAUAUUAUUAUUAUUAUGUAUAAAUUUUUUUUUUUUUUAAUGAUACUGGCAAAAACAAUUUCCAGUUAGUGAUCAAUGUAUGAACACAAUACUACAAUGUGAUUUAAAGCGUCGACAUAAAUUUAAAAAAAAAUAAAUAAUUAAAAACACAAA